GGCUCAGAAAGAAAAAUUUUUUGUUCUUUUCUUUCAUAAAUAUGUUUACAGCGUUUGGAGGCAUAAAGAAGAGAGAGCCACUUUUUACUUUCAAACGUAAAGUGCCCUUUUCCCAUACUGCGAUAGAAGAAAACAACAAGAAAGUAGUCUCUCUUCCUUCACCUUCUUCCUCCAACUCUUCUGUUGAACUCUCACAACCCAAACCAACACCCAAAGAACCAAAUAUUGACGAUGCUAUCUUUGAUUUUCCAGCCAAGAUAGAUAAGAAAGCACUCGAAAUCAAACUAAUGGUAGCUUCAGCGGAAAGAAGAGCCGUACCUGAUACGAAACUGGUGAAAAAGAAAUCAAAGCAAAAACUCACAAAAUCUUCACCUUCACCUUCUUGUUCAUCCUCUACUUCAUCCUCGCCUGUACAGAAAACUAAAAAGAAAUCACCCAAGAAGCAAAUCAAGCCUUCUGUGUCCACACCAUCAUCUUAUGAACCUUCAUUUGAUAUUUUUGCUUUUGACCCCCAACCUUCUUCUCACCUACCUCAUUAUACACCUGCUAGUCAUACCAAUAUACUUUAUCAUUAUCAACAACCCCAGCCCAUGUACAAUGCUCCUAUGAAUGUGAACAAUAUACUCAAUGAUCCACUUGGACUUAAUGAUGUUGCUAGCUUAUUAGAUAAUGAUCCUACUAUGCCUUUUUAUAAUACUACACCUUUCCCUAAUACUAUAUCACCUCAGUCUUUUAAUACAAAUACACUACCACACACUUUUCCUUUUGAAGACACAUCUCUAAACAAGACAUCAUUGCCACAAGAACCUGUAGAAAAGAAACGCAAGCGAAAUUUGGUUGCUCAUCUCAAAUCAGCCAAUGGAGAAAAAGAAAACAAGCCCUUAAAUCAAGGUUUUGAUUUCUUACUUUCUGAUGAAGAAGAAGAAGAGCCCAAAGACAUUUUGCCUUUAAGAGAUAUCAUCACCACAAGAGAUAAAAGUCCUUCUCCUGAACUCAGUUAUCAACAAAAAAUGGAACUUGAACUCGAAGCCAUAAUGCGAUCCGAAUUUGGUACUAAAGAGAAAGUAGAACAUGAGGCAACAUCAAGACCCCGUUAUCAACCACUCAACAAGGUCAAUGUCAAAGUAACCUUUCAAAAGAAGAAAUAAACUUUUUUUUUAUUUA